AUGGCCCACGGCCGCACGCUGCCCGCCGCCGCCCCGCCGCCGCACCGGGCUGAGCGCGGAGCCCCGGACCCGCUGGGCUACAGCAGCAGCUCCCCCGCGGCAUCGCCCGACUCCUGCGGCCUCGCGUCCCCCGCCGCGGCUCGGGGGCCCUGCCGCGGGCACGCCGCCCCCCGCCCCAGGGGCAGGAAGGGGCUGCGGGCCGGCGGGGGAGCGGGGGUCCCGCGGCAGAGCGCCAGCGAGCGGGAGAAGCUGCGGAUGCGGCGGCUGGCGCAGGCCCUGCUGCGGCUGCGGCACUACCUGCCGCCCGCGCUGGCGCCCGCCGGGCAGACCCUCACCAAGAUCGAGACGCUGCGCCUCGCCACCCGCUACAUCGCCCACCUCUCCGCCCUGCUGGGGCUCGGCCGGGGGGCGCCGGCCCCCCGACACUGUCCCCUGUGUCCCCGGGGCCUGGGGUGCUGCCAGGACACGGAGCCCCGCGAUGCUUCGCCGCCCGGUGCCGCGGGCUGGGGGUCACCUGCCGUGGCGGGGAUGCCCCCGGAGCUGCACGGGGCUCCCGGCAUGGGGACGAGUGCCUGGGGGUCGCCUCUCUGCAGCCCUGCUGCGGGCACUGCCCCACAGGUGCUUGGGGGUCCGGAGCUGGCAUUAGAGACCUGGGGGUCACCCCCCUACACCCCUGCUGCAGGGACCCUCCCAGAUGCACUUGGGGGUCCCAACAUCGGAAUGGAAACCUGGGGGUCUCCCUCCUACAUCCCUGCAACCGGGACCCCUCCAGAGGUUCUUGGGGUUCCCAACAUCCAGACGGAGACCUGGGGGCCAACCCCCUACAUGGCUGCAGUGGGGACCUCCUCAGAGCUGAACAAGGCUGUCACCUCCCCUGCGUCACCCUGGCUGACCCCUCCCCACUCUGCAGGGGCUGGGGCCCCCCCGGAUCUCCCUGGUGAUGUCCUGGACACGGGACUGGUGCUGUCAGAGUUCGUGGGCACAGGGACAGUCACCCAGGAUCUCUCUGCGGACCUGCUCUCCCUGCUGGAGGCUCUGUUCCCAGCACAGCCCCGGCACUGA